CCCUUCACCACUGGCCAACCCUUUCAUAACGUGAAUGUUUCUCGACUUCUGCUCUCAUUUGCACUCUGCAUUCUGCACUUAAAACAUCUCAACAUCUUCAACCUCGCUUAACGCCACUUAAAAAGUAGAUUUGCUUAAUUCAACCUCCGUUUUAAAGAACUUAGUCAAACUUCAAAAUUUGCAACCUACAUAAUAUUAACCUGUGAAAUUAAAAUUUCGUGAAUAAUUAACAUGGAUACCUCUUCUGAAAUGGGAUCCAUCUUCAAUUGCUAUCAAGCAAACUAUGUUGGACGUUUAGAAUCCAGUUUCAUCGCCGAAGUUUGGUGGACGCAGGAGAACUUUUUCGAGGAAUCUGGUCAAACGACGCCUUACCUGCGCGUCAUGUUGGUGCUGGAUGAGGGGGCGUCAUUUAUAGACGCCAUUGCAUUCGGGAAUGCUUACCACGUGGCGAAAAAAUUUUAUAAGCUAGGGAAGGUUUACUGCUUUCCAAGUGGCAUGUUUGAGAUCCGCCCUCGUACAUCGCGAGCUGACUCUACGUCAACUUAUCCAUUCGACUUGUGGUUUGUGAACGAAUCUGAUGAAACGAGGCCCACACCCAGCGGAACAAAUUUCGAAGAGUCGAUGCAAAACAUGAAUAUUUUCUAAAUUCGUGCAUUAAAUUAAAUUUUAUUAUGUACUUGCAUAUUUAUGUAUAACAUG